AUGUUCUUGCGCUUUAUCAUCUUGAAACCUAACGUGGUUCGAAAGCAGGAAGGACUGGUUCUCGGGCCGUCUUCUCCGAUUGCUUGCCUGCAGCACAAAUCUUCUAUCUGCACACCGCCACCAUUCUUUCUUGAAAUCAUGGAUAGAGAAAAUGAAGACCCAGUGCGUCCAAGUCUGGCUCUUUCCCUUGAUACUUUGACUCGCUCGAUCUCUUACUGGAAAGAUCUAUUUGCUCGCGCCCAAUCCGCAUCCACACUUCCAGAAUCAUGCUACAACCUCAAGGGUCUCUUGAACAACACCCCUUCUAUUCCACAGUCUCAAGAUGUCCUAGAGCACUUUCAAUACGACAUGAUGCUAAUCAAAGGGUAUGCAACAUGA